AUUAAAAGUAGAACAAGGAUAAACUGAUGCUGAUAGCGCUAAUAGCGUCUCCCCGAACGCACCCAUUGUAGAUCCGGGCUUAUGUAUUUUUGGCGCCAUUUGCAGCCAUUUGGCACCAACAGCCUAACCUAACAAAAAUGAUUGUGCCGAUCAAAAGAGACGGAAAUGUAGACACUUGGGCUAUUAUAGAUCUUCAGGGCGAUCUGAAAUUCGAAAAGAAUGAUAAUCCAGAUGAACAGUUAAUUGGCGAUCUUCACUUUACUAAAGCUGGAGUACCCAUUUUGAUUAUCGGAAUUCACGUCUUGCAUGGGAAAGAGGUCACACUCGAUAAGCCACUGAUUGUACUGGAAAGGCAUCGCAAUACGAGAGAUGAUGUGAUAGAAAAUGAAAUGUAUACAGUAAAAACAGAGUACUUUGUAAAAGCUAUUGUGAGAACGAAACUCCUGUUCAAGUCACGGCCAAAGCCUAUAGUGACUAAUGUACCAAAACCAUGUUAAUAGGGGCUUGUAAUAUCACUUGUACACAUAAACAUAUCUUCAUGAGAGACAAUUUUGUUUAUUACUUAAAUUAAUGUUUAAUAAUAAAAGAUUUAUAAUAUA